UCGUGAACAAAUUCCCGUGACACCACCCGGAAGUGACGCGGACGUCAAUAAGAAGCAGACACAAGCAACAGUGUGUAACGCAGCACAGUUCAUCCCUCUUUUAAUCUUUUAAAACAAAAAUACAACAUGUCUUCGGAUUUUGAAGCGUACGAGCAGGACUUUGGUACCCUCACUGCGGAAAUAACCAACAAAAUUGGAAGAAUACCCAAACUAGCCGGUGAGGAGAAGACACAGCUGGUUCUAAAUGUCGACAAACAGCUUGAAGAAGUCAGAGAGUUGCUCGAGCAGAUGGACCUGGAGGUCCGAGAGAUCCCGAUUCAGAGCCGAGGCAUGUACAACAGCCGUCUGAAGAGCUACAAGCAAGAGAUGGAGAAACUUGAGAAAGAUUUUAAAAGGUCACGUAUUGCCUACAGUGAUGAGGUGCGGAACGAGCUCCUGGGGGAUGAUGGGAGCUCCUCGGAGAGUCAGUUGAUAAAGUUACGUGAAGAGAGAGCACAUCUGUUGGACAACACAGAGAGGCUGGAAAGGUCAUCUCGGAGGCUGGAAGCUGGCUACCAGAUAGCGGUGGAAACCGAGCAAGUGGGACAGGAGAUCCUCGCCAACCUGCACAGUGACCGCGAGAAGAUCCAGAGAUCCCGUGAUCGGCUGAGAGAGACGGAUGCUAACUUGGGCAAGAGCUCUCGGAUCCUGACCGGCAUGCUGAGAAGGUAAGAGGAAGGAUCAUUCAGAAUCGUAUCCUGGUCUUCAUCCUGGGCGCCAUCAUCCUCCUCACCAUCGUCUUGGCCAUCUAUUUCAAUUUGCGAGGGCACUGAUCUCCACUGACUGGCCCUAUGCGUGCAUGUGUGAGUGUGUACGAGCGUGUGUGUAAGAUUAAUAGUGACAAAAGCGUUGGGCUGGAGUAAUUAGGACAAAUUGUUCACAUGAAUCAUUCCUGGUGGGCAGUGACAGGGGGCCUCUCCUCGCUGCUCUCGAGCGGAGCGGGACCGUUCUCACCCUCUCUCCCCUUAUAUUUAUGCUGCGUCCAUUACUUUUAAAACGUACCCACCCGUAGAGAAACCCAACACGGACGUGUUGACUCGAGGACCAUGAUGAGAACAUCAGAUGGAUGAAGAACAGGAAGACGAACAUCAACGUAUGUCAUAACCUGCUGUUUAAUGUUUAGUUUUCACUUUUGUAGGUGAGAAGGGGCAUGAGAGCUACUAGUAAAAUCCCAUCCAUCAGGUAUAUAUGUGUGUGUGUGUGAGAGGCGUACACAAGGCAAGGCCCCCAGUGCAGUACCAUUUA